CCUAGCGUGCAAAAUCCGAAACCUUCCUUUUGUCUCCUUCAAUCCAAUAUGGCGGUAAACGAUGUAUGAAAGGUGCAGAAUGUUAUGAUUUGAAACGAAUAAUAAAAAUAGUAAAAUAGCAACGAAACUCGUGAAAUAAGCGCUUCGACCGGUGUGUUAACGACAAAACAAUGUUAAUAAUACAAACGGAUCAAUAUUCAGUGACGUGUGUGUGAAAAAACGUGUUAUUUAUAUUUGUGAAAUAUUAUUUUUCUGUGUGGGUUUUCGCUAAUGCAUCACGGUGUAUUGCUAUGUGACAGAAAACGUAGAUAUGUCUACCGAUGCUGAUAAGGAAACGGCAUGUCCGAGUGUUAGUGCAAAUCAGAGUGGCGGGGACGGCUCGACGGAGGAAGCUAGCAAAAAGAAGAAAUCCUCUCGAAAAGUCUGCUUUCCUGAUGAGGAACACCUUGUCACUCAGUAUUUCGAGCCUGCGAACCCUUGGCACAAUGUGCCGGCGACGACGCGGGCGCAGCUGGCGGCGGACUACCUCGAGUCGUGUCGGCGCCACAACACGCCCGCCAUCGACGCUGUGCUGCUACAAAUACGGGAACUGCCGGAAGGCGUGAUAGGCGGAGGCAUGCGCGCGCCGCGCCUCACGCUCUCCUGCUGUUCUCUUCUCGGCUCGGCUCCGUGCGACGCUCUAGAAGCAGUGUUGCACCGCGCGCAGUUCCGCCGUCUAGAGCUAGAGUGCGAUAUCGACGACGAGGGCGCGGAGGCGCUGUUUGACAUGAUCGAGUACUAUGAGAGCGCCACAACGGUGGCUAUCUCCGGGCCGCGGCACUUCGGCAUCCGGGGCUGGCAGGCGGCUUCUAGAAUGAUCAAGAAGAGCGCAGAGCUGUCGGAGUUGGAAGUGUCAGACGGGCCAAUAGAGGCGUCGCACGCGCCGGUGCUGGCGCGCGCGCUGCGGCCGGCCGCGUGCCGCCUGCGCGCCCUCUGCCUGCAGCGCGCCGCGCUCGCCGGCGAGCCGCUGCUGUGCCUCGUUAUAGCAUUAAAAUGCAACCGGUCCGUACGAGAGGUCCGGCUGUGCGACAACCGGCUGACGGGCGCCGACGCCGCGCAGAUAGCCGCGCUGCUCAAGACCAACUCCCGGAUACAGCUCCUCGAUCUUUCCAACAACCAGAUACAGGACGCGGGCGUGGGGCACAUAGCGGACGCGCUGGUCGAGCAGUCCACACAGUCCCCUCCCUCCGCAAACAGCUCACCCAUGUCACCACACACGUGCCCACUGAUGGGCGGCGGGCACGAGGCUCGCGGGCUGGCGUUCCUGGUGCUGUGGAACAACCAGCUCACCCGCAACGCGGCGCACCACCUCGCCAGGAUGGUGGUCGCGUCCAAGUCCCUCUGCGUGCUGAACGUGGGCCGCAACGCCAUCGGUGCGGCCGCCGUGCGCGUGGCGGGCGUCGGAGCCCUGCUGUCCCUCGGGCUCCAAGGGGCGAGGAUCCUGGCCGACGCCGCGCCGCUGCUGCAGCAGGCGCUCCAGCAGGACACGCACCUGCAGAGGAUAGACCUGCGCGACAACAGACUGGGCGCGGAGGGGCUACAGGCGAUCAUCACCGCCAUGCAGACCAACACCACCCUCACUCAGGUCGACCUGGACGACCCCGCGGAGACGUCGUCCCCUAGCGAGGCGCUGGCGGCGCGGCUGACGCGCGAGGUGCGCGCGCUGUGCCGGCGCAACGAGCCCGCCGCCGCCAGCCCCGAGCGGCGCGUCACCAGGAAGAUCAGCCUCACCUGCCACACGCACUGUCUACACCGGGUAACUAUCGCUACUAGCGAGGCGCUGGCGGCGCGGCUGACGCGCGAGGUGCGCGCGCUGUGCCGGCGCAACGAGCCCGCCGCCGCCAGCCCCGAGCGGCGCGUCACCAGGAAGAUCAGCCUCACCUGCCACACGCACUGUCUACACCGGGUAACUAUCGCUACUAGCGAGGCGCUGGCGGCGCGGCUGACGCGCGAGGUGCGCGCGCUGUGCCGGCGCAACGAGCCCGCCGCCGCCAGCCCCGAGCGGCGCGUCACCAGGAAGAUCAGCCUCACCUGCCACACGCACUGUCUACACCGGGUAACUAUCGCUACUAGCGAGGCGCUGGCGGCGCGGCUGACGCGCGAGGUGCGCGCGCUGUGCCGGCGCAACGAGCCCGCCGCCGCCAGCCCCGAGCGGCGCGUCACCAGGAAGAUCAGCCUCACCUGCCACACGCACUGUCUACACCGGGUAACUAUCGCUACUAGCGAGGCGCUGGCGGCGCGGCUGACGCGCGAGGUGCGCGCGCUGUGCCGGCGCAACGAGCCCGCCGCCGCCAGCCCCGAGCGGCGCGUCACCAGGAAGAUCAGCCUCACCUGCCACACGCACUGUCUACACCGGAGUUUGGCGGCGGAGGAGCCCCGCGCCGGGCGGGAGACGCGCGACCGCGACCGCGACACGCGCCUGCGCUCCCCCGCGCCCUCCCCCGCCGGCUCCCCCACCCCCGCCAUGCACCCCUCGCGCUUCUCCGUGACGCGGGUAACGCCGGAGCGCUCGCCGACCGACACGGCGGCCCUACGCUCGCCGUACUCCACCCCUUCUAGGUUCAAAGUCGUGCAGGUAGCGGAGCCGCCUCAGAUCCAAGUACAGUCAGCCACGCCGGAGCAACCCACCCUGCGGUCCUCUCGCUUCUCCGUCACGCGCAACAUGGACACCAUGUACAACCCCUCCGCGCCCUCCCCCCCGCCCACGCCCAUGGCCACCAAACACAAGCCCAGCAGUGGGCGGACCACAGACUGUACCAAUGAUAUAACAACUAAAGUGACAGACAAAGUUAAUGAAACUGUAAUAAUUAAAGACACUAGUGUGAAAGAGAGUGAUAAAGAAGAGGUCGAAAUUAAAACUGAAAAGACAAAAAGUGAUAUAACGAGUGAUGAAACUGUUGUUAAUAGAUUAAAUAGUGUUACGGUUAGUGAUAGUGAGUUGGAGAACGUUUCCCACGAUAAGACGGAGAGCCUGUCUCACGACGAGGCGGUUAGUGUAAUAGGUGAUAAUAAAAUUACUAAAACCGAGACGAAAUUAGUUAAAAAUAGCAAAGCGGUGAGUGAGAGUGAGAUGAUUGAUGUACAGGUGUCCGUUACGGUGAAGAAAGAGACGGUAGAUACGUCCAAAGCGCGUGACCAAAUUAAUGAGGAUGAAGUGGUAGAGAAACGUGACGAUGUCGCCAUGAAGCAGAUAGAAGCGAUUACAGAAGACCUCGGCAACCUUAUAGAGGAGAUGCGCGACAGAACCAAAACUGUUAAACCUGUUAAACUGAAGAGUGAUUGCACGCAAACUGAUAUAAAUAUAAAUAGCAAAUUAGAUACCUUUGACGAUGUACCUGUUAUUAAUCGAGAUAAUGUAGUUCUUAAGAAAAACAAAAGCGAAUCGAGCCUGGACAGCCCCGAUUUAGAAGUGUCCAGGCUUAUGAACAAAAAGUUGAUCGGGAGCCCGUUCUGCGAUAGCAGUUCCUCUUUGGAAAUAUCCGGAAGCUCCAUGGAGAGUCUGAACGCGAUAGAGCCGGCCAAACCUAUAAUCAUACAGGAAUCCGUUGAAUCAGAUUCAGAACUGGAUAGAAGAAAAACUGUGGUAUUCUCUACUGAGAGCAGUAUAGAAUCCACUAGUGAAGUUACUCCAGUCAACAGCGGGAAUUUCUUGAACAUGUCUGUCAGCUCCAACGAGAGUGUGUCUCCAAUAAUAUUUGGGAAAAACAAGAAGAUACACGGAUCACUUUCCAGCCUCGAGGCUAGCGUGAGCUCCUUGGAGUCCAGACAGGAAAAAGUUAUGGUAACUUCAGCGGAUUCCGGUAUAGAAUAUUCCUUGCAAAAUCCAACAGAAAAUAAAGAGGAUAACUCGUCCAACGAAGGCACUUUAACGAACAAUUCGAGUUUAAAAGAAACUGUAAAGAAAGACGGUUUCCAACAUGAAACCCUCACCUGCUCUCCCAAAAGAACUUCCAGUUUGCUCGAUGUGCCCGCGCUGAAGACUAAAGGUUUGGACAGGAUGAGGAAAAUAUCGUGGGUCGCGCCUUCAGCCAGUUUCCAUAUACCGAAGGAACCGGAAAAGGAAUCCAAAAUGCCGGGCCAUUUAGAAAAAUUACUAAGCCUCUUCCAACACCCCACCAGUAUAUUUUCUAGAAACUCUGAGGACGAGAAGAAAUCUGCUUCGAAUACUCCUCCUAGAAAGGAUUCUUCUCUCACCAGCUCCUUCUGGUCCUGGGGCAGCGCCAUCGAGAAGACAGAAGAGAGAGAAGAUGUAGAAAGUCUGUCAGAAGCCACAGAUUCGACUCUUUCGGAGAGAGUCCAAGUUUCUUUCGUCGACGAGUCUUUCUCGAAGAAACUUGAUAGUAAAACGCCGUCGACGGACACGGACAACACGCUGAGCGAGUUCCAGUCUUUGCAGCAAGGCAACUCGGAGGCGAGCGAGCCGGAAAUAGAAAAAGUUACCGAAAAAACCACCGAUGACAAUUUAGUACAAAAUUUAGGUUUAAGCUUAAAGUGUGACGCUAGCGCCAACGGCAACAGAGACGUGGCGAGAGCGCGUGAUAUACUAGAUCUCAGUAAACCCAACGACUUAAAUAAAAACUAUGAUACAAGUAAGCCAGACACCAACAAGAACUCCGGGGAGGAAUCUAAAGAAGAUAAAGAUAGAGAGACCAUCAGACCUAGGUCUUUCGCUGCGGUCUUGAAAGCGUCCGGCUCUGAGAACACUCCAGACAAGCAGAGUCCGGAAACGGGACAAUCGGUUGACAAGCUACCCAGCAAGGUUAUCCGGGGCAUCAAAGAAAACAUAAGCCCUGAAAACACAUUGACGUCCACUAUGACUAAAGCGCUAGCUUUUGAACUGACGGAAAAACAGGUUAAAAGUCAACCGAUAGUAAACACAGUUUGGGAAGUAACGUUAGAUGAUCCUAAAAUAGAAGAGAAAAUUCAAGAUUUAGCGCCCAUAGCUACUAUAGAGGAAACAUGUGACGAUACGAUAGAAAACGCGCAGUUAGAUUACAUUGACGAUAUCAAAUUUGAUGAUAAAAACACUUCGAGCGACAGCGGCGUCACAUUGGAAGGUGAGAAAAAAGAUUUAGAAAGUGUCGAUUUAGGUAAAGACGCAUUAUCGUACCUUAUUUAUGAAAACCAGGGGCUAGUUGUUGAAACGAAGUCUGAAGCUGAACCUAGCUUAGCCCAAGAAUUAAGAGACGCAGAAAUUAAGGAGCAGCUCCUCGAUAUGUCACCAGAACUGGUUGUAGAUGAAGCAAUAGAGCCUGAGGUGUUCAAAGACUUGAAGACGUCCCCGGUCGUACCGGAGAGAGCGAAGCUCAAGAAAGCUAACUCAGCUGAAGACAUCUCGCAGUGCGAGGAGAGUCAGAAGAAGACCAUCGCUUUCAAAGUGCCUGAAAUAGUCUCAACACCGAGGGAUAUACCAGAAAGGAGAACGAAAUUACGAUCGAGAAGCGGUUCCAGUCCAAAAUCUUUGCCGGAGAGCUUGAACAAGCCUUCGCCGUUAACCAAAAUGGACUCUAUAUUGUUUAAGAAAAAGAAAAAGGUGUCGUCUCUAGGGAAAAUAGCUAGAGAUUCUCUACUGGCGUUGAACAUGAGCGAGGAAGAGAUUGCAGAGUUCAGACGAUCGUACAAGCUUACCUCGGUUGAAAGUUUGAGGUCUUUGGAGUCCGUGUCAGAAGACGCGAACUCUCAAAGCGGGGCCUCGGUUGAUUCGAGAUGUAGGUCCUGUCUACGGACCUCUCAGGAGAGCCUCAUGUCUCUGGACUCCAUAAAUGAGGACUGCCGGUGCGGUGAGGACGAAAAACAGAGCCAAUCUGGAAGAUAAUCGGGUACAAACAGCAACACCCCUAACUGUACAUCGGUGACCUUAUUACUAAAGGCAUGAGGCCCGAUGUACAUUUAACAGUGUGGUCGAUGGUACUUUAAAUCAGAGUUAUUGGGAGACUAUGGUUGAGUAUAUGUGACGUUUUCAACCAAAAAGUACCACAUUGUCGGUUGUCGAUUUCAAAUAGAAGCUAUUUCUAUGGAAAUAGCGCCUUUUUCACAACCGACAAUAAGUACCCUUUUGGUUGAGAAUGCCACAUAUUAUUAAGGGCUUGCGACUUGUUGUUUCGCACCUAAAUGUUUUUUUUUCAUCAUUUUUUUAAGUACAAAUUAUAAUAAUCAAUGUUUUUGAUGCUUAUAUUAUAUGCUAAUGCUUGUAAAUAGAGUUUUACUGAAGAAAAUAAUAAGUUUCAUUACGCCCUGUUGUAAAAUAUAAAACUUUAAUGUUAUACAUAAUGAUGACGUAUUUGCCAACGUCAUAUAUGUGUAAAUAAACUCUACUCAAACUAUACAUAGAUCUCCCAAGAUUCUAAGUGUAUUAAAUAUUAUGUACAGUGCGUUUGAAAUUUUAUAUUAAAAAAAAUAAGAUUAUCCAUACUUAAAUAUAUGUACAGAUGGUAGAAGAUUAUAUGGCUCUGCACACUAAUAUUGUCUCGUUCCAACAAUAAGGAAAAGAGAGGGACACAAUGUUCUCGAUAAUAUUAAUGUGUAGAAUACGAUGUUUAUAAUAGUGGUUCAAUAUAUCAAAUUGAUAUGUUGAAAUUUCUUCUCAGAAGUUUAUUACUAUAGUAAAUAUUAAAUAAUCAUGUAUCUAACAUAACGUGGCGCACUUCGCUGGAUCCUAUGACUGAAACUAUAAAUCUGUAAAAAGCGAGAUGUAGCUAUCUGAUAGAGUGAGAUGGUAAAAGAUUUCGAUUCAGAUAUGCUGAGUUUAAGUUAAAUAUCACUAGACAAUGUUUACUUAAAUUUUAUAAAAAAUAUAUUAUAUGCGGCAUUAUCUAUGAAAAGGGACCUUAUCGUCAAUGGCGCUUACGCCGCACAGCAUUGUAUUUAUAUCGGAGCAUCGAUAAUAAUGGCGUAAGCGCCAUCGACAAUAAGGUCCCUUUUCAUCGAUAACGGCACAUAUAUCUUGAGAAACUAAAUACUAAAUGUUAUAUCCAGAGUUCCAGAUUUUAGGGGUCAUAAAUUUAUGACAGGUAGAGAGUUCCUAUAUAGAGAAACUCAAUUAUCAAAUGUGUCGUUUCGAAGCAAAACGUCCUAUUUUGUGGCUUGCCUUAUGGACGCUCUGACAGGUUAUUCGUAUAGAGAUACAAGCAAAUGUCGUCCUUAUGGUAACCGGCAAAGUGGGACCUUUCACUAGACAUCGACACAUAUUGGUCAUUGAAUGCCACCUAAAAUCCGAUGUCUGGUUAAAUCUGGCAAAAUCACGAAGGCUUGUACUUAAAAUGCGUUUAAUACUUAAAUAAAAUCAACAACAAACUUA